AUGACUAGCGAAGGAGCUGUCAAAUUGAAGGACAACCAAUGGGAUGUGUCCAACUACAAGAAUGAAAAAUUAGUUACACUGGACCAAGUACAAGUAAACAAUGCAGUGAACAUAUAUCACUGUGAAGGAACCACAUUCGUAAUUGAAAAUGAUAAAUUCAAAUCGCUUGCUAUGCACAAGUGUGUCAAGUGUAACGUCGUUUUAAAAAACCUAAUUUCAUCCAUUGAAAUAAUUAGUUCGAAUAAAGUCAAGGUACAGGUCCUGGGUAAUUGCUCUUCCUUUUCGAUUGACAAAUCUCAGGGAGUGCAAUUUUAUUUGUCCAAGCAAAACACAGAGUCCGAGUUUACCACAGCACUGUCAUCCGAAAUGAACAUUCAUCUUGAAAAUGAAAAUGGAGAGUGGACAGAAAUUGCAAUUCCGGAGCAGUACCAACAUCGCCUAGAAAAUGGAAAGCUCCGGACAAGAGUAUCAGAUCUGUACAAAUUUUAA